CCAGACUAGUUAUGCUGUGUAACCACCAACAGAGCUUAUCUACGCCAAUAGUCAGAGUUUUGAGUCACUCUUUCCACAUACCUAAAGUUGCACAUAGCGGGCAGCUGGUAUCAUUGAUAUAAUAUUGAUAUCUCUCUGUUACAAGCCUUAUUCACUGUUGGUGAGGGGAAGACUGUGCCUCAUCCUUGCGGUGGUCGAGUAAGGCUCCGGGUUACCUCAGUUAACCUCCAAACUUUCACAAACGGCUUGCGAACAGCUUGCUUAAUCCUUUCAAUGCAAUCGGCUUCCUGUUUCUUCAUACAUAUAGGCUCCUUGUGAGCUACCUGAUGAAAAGGCAGGUAUCUUAGCUUUAAGGGAUUAUGGCCAUGGGUCGAUCAUAUUUCCAUUCGUCUUCCACUGCGAGCGACGCGGGCGAGUCUCCACCUCCGCCUUACUCAAGUCGACCUCCGUCAAUAUACCCGAGUUCGAGGAGUGAACGAACGCCGCUAGUCUCAAAACCAGAAAUUCAUCAAGAGGUCAUGCCUUUCUCUGCAUGUCUUCAACUACUUGGCCUGAUAGUCUUUUUUCUGCCUUUCAUCUUCCUCUAUAACCUCUUUUUCGGGGGUCCUUCAUUACCUUCACCACCCCCACCACCCCCACCACCCAUCCCAACUUAUUCGGUUGCCAUUAUCGGUGCCGGACCUGCUGGCAUAUCUGCAACCCAACAUCUCUAUUUGGAGUCAAGAGGUAGAGACUUCCAUCUCAAUAUCACCCUCUUUGAAUCGGCCCCCGUAAUUGGAGGUCAACUAGCUCUCAAUGCUUCCGCCGGUGGACUAGUCUUCCCAUACGACGAUGACGAACAGAGCCCGAUAAUCGCGGAAGACAUUGCUGGUACGGCCCUUGUAUGGGGCAAUCCUCUCUUUACGAAAUCAUCGGAGGGAAUGCUAGGAGAUAACGUGGAAUUUUCCGAGUGUCCUAGCCAGCAAGUUGGAUAUUACUCCGAUCAUAUCGUCAGCGAGACCACCCGCCCGUAUAGCAAGACGCCAAUAACCAACUGGCUUGGAUUGAUAUUCAAAUAUGGUAGCUCCGUAUGGCAUGCCGGGGCUAUGACCAAGGAAGGGACAGGUCUACGAGAUCACUUUGUAAACCCGCCCUUAACAACCGAUCCCAUGCAGCUCAUGAUAUCCUUGGACAUCCUCGGUUCUGUGCAAGAACUUGCACGAAACGGACUUGAUAAUCGAGGCAUCAGCGGCGCUUAUGUGACCGAGGUCCUUGGACCUCAGGUCCAGCGAGCCCAUUUCCAGAAAAUUCUAGAUACCAGCACCCUAACCACCAUGCUAGCUGCGGCCCAGGAGGAUUAUGCCAGCUUCUACGUUGGUGGCGAGUUAGUCGAUAGACUUGAGCAGGUUAUCGGCGCAACAAGCGCCAACGUGCGGGCUGGCGCAACAGUAGCGGGCAUUAAACAUGCAUAUAUCGAUGAAGAAAACCCCGCAUGGCUCGUCUCAUACGGUGCUUCCGGUUUAUCAGGCCUUCGAGCCGAGGCGUUUGACAAGGUCAUCAUUGCAGCCCCAAAUUUUGAUCUAUAUCAAGCCUCUUCAAUCGACGACAUCGAAGCUGCCUCAGUCUUGACGUAUCAACCAGUAUACAUCACAUUCUUCACAACACCGUCGCGUUUCCGCUCAGACCUUUUCAACGAUCUCAACCAGAUACUCUUCUUCGAGGAGCAAGCUGAAAACAGUGCCUUUAGAGGAGUUAGGGAACUCGCGUUCGUGAGAGAAGUCUCCCGAACCCGGGACGAUGGUAGCUGGGGCGUGGAGUACCUGUACCGGACUCUGUCAAAUGGUGACAUCACAGAACAGCUGCAACAGCUUGACCAUGAAAUCACUUGGCGGUACCAAACAAAACUUGAAAAUGCCUACCCCGACCUGCACCCAUUCAGACGGUUCCCGACAUUCAAAUUAUCCGAAAAGAGCCUGUGGUGGACAUCAGCUAUCCACACUAUCGCGAGCACCGUAGACAUGAGUUGGCUAGCAGGCCAGAUUGUUGCUGGAGAAGUCCUCAAAGAAUUGAAGGAUUGAGCCAGACUAGGAAGUUGCUAAUUCCCUAAUUUUCACCGGUAGACGGAUCAUAAUAGUUUCGGUUUAGUUUAGCCUAGCGUAGCUAGGUACAUAAUGUGUCAUGAGAAAUGAGAUU